AUGCUCCGAUGCCAUUCGUGCUGGGAGCGCAACAUUCUUCGCAGUCACAACGAAGCUCUUCGAAGUGACAACGAAAAGCUGAGCAAAGCGCUUUGCAUCCAGGGCCAGGGGCUUGAAGAUGUCAGGCGGCUGCUGCACGACAGCAACAUGUCUGCGAGAGAUGAGUCCGGGAUGCCCGCCUGUGGGGAGACGCAUGUUGAGGUUCUGGAUCCGGCAGACCCGACAUGCCCGCAGUUGACAGUUCCGAGGACGAAGCGAGACAGCGACAUUUCACUCCCGAGCACCCGGGCUUCUUAUGGUUCUCAUGGACAGGAGCUUCCGGAGGCGUCGGAGCAAGAGUCUGAGUCGCUGCCAGCAGCGCGCCAACCCAAGGCGUUUUUGAACAGGAACGACCUCGUGGCCUGGAUGCAUGGGGAGCCUUUGCCAACGUGUGCAGUGGCGAGCCGUCGCAGGCGCAGACAAGAAGAAGCUUGUGGCAGUCACAGCAACGACUCUGCGAAGGAGCCUCCAGGCCCUGCGCCGUGCCAGGAGGCAUGCAGCUCCGAGAUCGAGAUGAAUGAUGACGAGGAAGAUCUGCCUGGAGCGCUCCGGGCCGCAGCGGGCGAGGGGACCUCAAGUCCAAUUGAGAUGCCUGAUCCGAUCGAUGCAUCUAAAUCGGCUUCCGAUGCUGAGAAGGAUCCUGCCGAUCUUUUUCACCCGGCAUGCGAUGUCUUGCCUGCUCUUUUGGAGUACUUCUCCGUGCGAGAUCUCCUGGCCUGGCGUGUGACUUCCAAGCAGACUCGGAGUCCCGAGGUCUUGCUACGACAUGUAGCCGAGCUUGGCAGGUUUGACACGUCCGCCUCGAUCAUCGCAUUUUGUGAUGCAGCGACUCGCACCACAUCACGAGACUCCCCACCUUUUCCCGACGACGUCGAGUGCCAGAAGCGCUUCGAUUGCCAGGUCUGGUGCCUGAUGCUUGCGAAAAGUCACUUAACCCAUUUUGCUGAAGACUACGUCCGCCAAACCGUGGACAACAAUCUCACUCAAUUAUUUUCUCAUUGCCUGGACUCGGAUGAACGCGUGCGCGUGGCAGCCCACUAUGUAGUCCAGCAGCAUGCCGUGUGUGGCCUGGGGUUCGUGAAGGAGCUGAUCACAGACACAUUGCUCAGUCAGAUGCGAGACAUCUUGACCGGCACAGAGAUAGAGGCGACCUGGAAGCGCAUAAAGAUGUAUAUGCCGCAUCUGGAUUCGCUUCUGCGAUCCCUGACGCAGCAUCAGCAUCGGGAAUGGAUGUCAUUGCUUGUCGACGUCCUACGCCGCCUGCAAUCAGCUUCAGCUCGACAUAGGGCUACUCGCCAAAACUUGGUAAUCGAUCGUUUGAAGCUCCUCUGGCUUGCUGAUGGCGAUCCCAAUCGAACCUACGAAGAUGAGAAGCGGCAGCUCCGCGCCAUAGUGGACUCCCUGAAUGUCGGAGACAGGGAUUAUCAGAAGACUAAGGCGAGCCUGGAAAGCCUUCUAUUCUGCUAA